GUGUUCCUUCCAACGGUGCUCUACUCAUCCAUAAAGCGCUUCUUUCUCCUUCUUUCCACCAUUUUCCUCUCUCUUUCAACAAUCGCCGAAUGGGUUUCUCUUCUUUAACCUUCCUCUGUUUCUCUUUUUUCUCAUUUCUUCUUUUCCUUCUUCCUUUUGCUUCUUCUUCCCCUUCAAAUCUCCCAAUCCUUUCCUUUCAAGAAGCCUAUAAUCACUUGUUCGGCGAUGCCAAUCUCCUCCUUCUCAACGAUGGAAAAUCCGUUCAUCUUCAUUUAGAUGAACGAACAGGCGCUGGAUUUCUGUCUCAGGACCUCUAUCUUCAUGGCUUCUUUAGUGCUUCCAUUAAAUUGCCUGCUGAUUACACUGCUGGUGUUGUGGUUGCUUUUUAUAUGUCGAAUGGCAAUAUGUUUGAGAACAACCACGACGAGAUCGAUUUCGAGUUUUUAGGGAACAUCAGAGGCAAAGAAUGGAGGGUUCAGACUAACAUUUACGGUAAUGGAAGCACGAACGUUGGCAGAGAAGAAAGAUAUGGUCUCUGGUUUGAUCCAGCUGAAGAUUUCCAUCAGUACAGCAUUCUUUGGACUGAUUCUCGCAUAAUAUUUUAUGUGGAUAAAGUUCCUAUAAGAGAGGUUAAAAGAACAUCUUCAAUGGGUGGUGAGUUUCCAUCCAAGCCAAUGACUUUGUAUGCAACAAUUUGGGAUGGAUCAAGCUGGGCUACCAAUGGAGGCAAAUACAAGGUAAACUACAAAUAUGCACCCUAUAUUGCCGAGUUCUCUGAAUUCAUAUUGCACGGUUGCACGGUUGAUCCAAUUGAACAAGUCUUCCCCAAGUGUGACCUUACACAGAGCUCCGAAGCCGCCGUCCCCAGUGACAUCACUACUGCUAAGAGGACAAAAAUGGAGAGUUUUAGGAGGAAGCACAUGACAUACUCAUACUGCUAUGAUCAUCUUAGAUACAAGAUCCCUCCUGCAGAAUGUGUCAUUGAUCCUCGAGAAGCCAAGCGACUUGAAAAGUUUGACCCUAUAACAUUUGGAAAAGGGCGGCGACACUGUGUGAAACACCCUCGCUCGAGGGAGUUUACCACCGUUUGAGAAGGAUAGCAUUGUUUCAGAUUUUUUGUUUUUUGGGUAAUAAUUUCAGGCAGUUUGAUUUUGGAUGGGUCUGUUCUUUUUUGUGUAUAAGAUAUAUAGACAGGUGAAUGAGUAUAGAUUUUAUUUAGGAUUUAGAUGUCUUUCAUGUUGUUUGGUUUAUGUAUAGUUAACACCAUUAGGAUUAUUAUUUGUUGUUAUUUGGUUGUUGGCUUUACAAUUUUGUCAAUUUAGUGAUGAUUUAGAUUU